AUGCCUAAGCCUAAGCCUAAGCCUAAGACUAAGCCUAAGCCUAAGCCUAAGCCUAAGCCUAAGCCUAAGCCUAAGCCUAAGCCUAAGCCUAAGCCUAAGCCUAAGCCUAAGACUAAGCCUAAGCCUAAGCCUAAGCCUAAGACUAACACUAAGCUUAAGCCUGAGCCUAAACCUAAGCCUAAGUCUAAGCCUAAGCCUAAGCCUCCGGGACUAAAUAUAUAA